GAAAUACUCGGUGCACGCGUACCUUUGGGCUUUGGCGCGUGCUUCCACAACAAAUUUAAUCCCAAAAAGAAAAACCGAAACAAAUUUCGUUAUCCCUUUGCUGAUCCAUUCGGUCCUACCCAUUUCCCAGUUAUCGUGACCAAGCUAUUCUCGCUCACCUCAAACAAUGGCGUCCUCGCCGGCGAUUUUACACUCAGCCGCUUCUUCAUUCUGCGGCCAGUUUCCGCCGCAUUGUGUCCGGAUACCGCCGGCGUCCUCCGCUAAGCUGCUGGUUCAGGCUCGGCCCAUUGGUCUAACCGUCAAGGCCUCGUCGGGAACCAUCCUUGUGGAGAAGACUGAGACGGAGAAAAUUCACCGGCUCAAGAGUCGAUACCUUGAAACAAUCGUUCCUUUGCUCAAAGAAGAGUUCAAUUACACUAACAUUCAUCAGGUUCCCAAGGUUGAAAAGAUUGUUGUGAACUGCGGUAUUGGAGAUGCUGCACAGAAUGCAAAGGGUUUGGAUGCCGCCAUGAAUGACUUGGCUCUCAUAACAGGGCAAAGGCCUAUUAAAACAAGGGCCAAGAAUGCCAUUGCCACCUUUAAGAUUAGAGAAAACCAACCGCUGGGAAUCGCUGUUACCCUCCGUGGAAAUGUCAUGUAUAAUUUUCUUGACAGGCUGAUAAAUUUGGGACUUCCUAGGACAAGGGAUUUUCAGGGUAUAAGUCCCAAUAGUUUUGAUGGACAUGGGAAUUACAGUCUUGGAUUUCGCGAUCAGAGUGUCUUCCCGGAACUCAGUUUUGAUGCUCUCGGUAAGCCACGAGGAAUGGAUGUCUGUAUAGCUACAACUGCUAACACUGACAAAGAAGCUCAGAGGUUACUUGCCCUAUUGGGCAUGCCAUUUAGUGAAAGCACUGGCUCUGCGAAUGUGGUGAAAAAGAAAAAGCUCAAAUCACAUCAUUUCAGCUCUAAAUCGAAACAAAGGGCAAGACGAUGAAAAUUUAAAAGAGCCACUUCUCCUAUUUUCCGCUGCAUCAUAUUUUCCAGGUUCAUUCAAUGAUAGUAGGGGAUGGAUCAUGUAACUAAACAUGCAUUUACCCUGUAUUUGUAAUAUUUUGUAUCCCUCUGUAUUUAGGACUUUAUCACGAGUGGAAUUUUUGCAGUUGGUAAAAGUUUCCUUGGCUCCUCUCUCUGUUUGAGCAAAUUAGGCAUGAAAGUCCUUCUGAAAACAAAUUUGUUAUGCAAAUUCUCACCCUCUAAUCGGAAUUGCUUCCCUUUAGACCUCUGUUUUUCAUUAGUUUUAUGCUUUCUUUCUUAAUUUCAGGGGUAAACUUAAAGCAGUAUUAGCAUAUUCGGCUUUUGAAUGAUUUAAAAACAGAAGGCUUUUUUAGCUGUUGUCAUUCUUUAUCAGGAGUUUCAGUUUACUGCAGGAACAUAUACGCUUUCUACAGGAAAUGAUUUGUUUGAAGGGCACUAAUUCGAUGUUUUGCUUCUUCCAUUAAACAAGAAUCAAGCUUGACCAUUUGCAGGAGGAGCAGCCAAAUAUGCAUGUCUAUUUAAGUGAAGAAGAUGGAAUACUUGGCUUGCAGUUCUUGAAUUUCUGGGGAGUUCUCUCCUUAAAUUAAAAAUAAUUGUUACAUUUACUUUGAGACGGAGGGAGUAUGUUUCUAUUCGUACCCAAAAUGUUACAUUACCUAGUCCAAGUUUCAGCUAUAUCAUGGCAGUGUUCAUAUGUGUUCAUAUGACACAAAUCGCUUCUCACUUUUAAUAAAGUGAAUCUUUUUUUUUUUUUUUUUUGGAAAUCAAAUUAUAAGCC